AGAGAUGGAUCCAGGAGCCAGCAGAACGAUAGAGGUGGCGGCGCUCGGCCGGCCAUUCAGCCUCGGGAUGUUGUACGACUGCCGCCAGGAUGUGCUGGUCCCUGGCAUGACACUGUGGGACCAUGAUGAUCUGGAAAAAGAUACAAGAGAAAAACCAAACCCAAGCAGUGACUUUGAGAUGGUUGCAUCUGAAUCAAUUGAGGACAAAUCUUCAGCACUUAAGGUGGAAGCAUCACUGAAAGCAAGUUUUUUGGGUGGGCUGGUUAAGGUUGAUGGAUCAGCCAAAUACUUGAAUGAUCAUAAGACUUCCAAAAAUCAGGCCAGAGUAACUCUGAAGUACAAAACUACCACAAAGUUCCACGAACUAUCAAUGAAUCAUCUUGGAAGAGACAAAGUGAAGCAUGCGUAUGUCUUCGAUCAAGGGUUAGCAACACAUGUAGUCACAGGUAUUCUCUACGGGGCACAAGCCUUCUUUGUCUUUGACCGUGAGGUGUCUGAAAGCGAAAAUCAUCAAGACAUUCAGGGGAACUUGAAGGUGAUGAUCAAGAAGAUUCCAUGCCUUGCAGUAGAGGGUGAAGGUUCACUGAAAAUGGAAGACAAGGAGACAGAAAACGUUGAGAAAUUCUCCUGCAAAUUCCAUGGAGACUUUUCUCUUGAAAAAAAUCCUGUGUCCUUUCAGGAUGCAGUACAAGUUUACCAAAGUCUGCCAAAAUUGUUGGGGCCUAACGGAGAGAACGCCGUACCAGUUAAGGUCUGGCUGUUGCCACUAACAACUUUAGAUUCUUCUGCUGCUAAACUUGUCCAUCAGAUAAGUAUCAGAUUAGUCGAAGAAUCACAGAGAGUCCUGGAGGACUUCAGUGAGCUGGAAAUGAGGUGCAAUGAUGCACUGAGAACCACCACUGCACAGCAGUUCCCACAGAUCAGCAAAAAGAUAAAACAGUUCAAACAGAUGUGCUCAGAGUUCAAGAUGGAGUUCCAACAAACCUUGGCAAAGAAACUUCCAUCAAUCCGAGGAGGAGGAGAAGAGGAGGCUGUCCUCGCAGAGAUCCUGAAGAAGACACAUUCUUCUCCCUUCAACAGCAGAAGCCUGAAUGAGUGGAUGGACUGUAAAGAGAGAGAAGUUGACACCUUAAUGUCUUUCACCAACAUGAAGAAAAACACCAAGAUCAUCCCGUCACAAAAUCACCUGUACAAAGAAACCUCACUGGGAAAUGCAGAACUGUACCUCUCAGCUUUAUCCAACUACUUAGAACAAACACCCAAACUAGACGAACCUCAAGGUCCACAUACUCAUGAUGUGGAGAAGGAGCAAUGGUACAGCUCAAGAGAAGUCACAGAUUCAAUAAGGCGUAAAGCGAAGCUCUUCAGUGACUUUGCAGAGGCCAACAAAGAGAACAAGAACAUUAAGUUCCUGAUAGUGGGCUUAACAGAUGAGAAACACAAAGGUUCAAGCAUUUACCUUUACACAGAUGGCUUUUCAGCCAAUGACAACUUUGAGCCGCCCUCAAAGCCUGAAACAGUAACAGUAGGAGAUAUAUACCAUGAUAGUGUGACCCUGAAGGUUUCUCCACCCAGAUUCGGAGCAGAGAACAUCACCUCCUACUCAGUUGAGUAUCGUGUCAGUGGAGAGGAUGGAUGGAAACAGGAGACAGCACCAAAAGCUGAAGAAGUCACAGUGAGAGAUCUGAGUCCAAACACAGAGUACGUGUUCAGAUGCAGAGCAGUGACCUCAACAGGGGUUGGACCAGCCAGUGAAGUCAGUGGUUCAGUUAAAACGUUACCCUGCAGUCCUCCUGGAAAACCUCAAGUUGAACCAAAUUCAAGUGAGAUAUCAGUUAGCUGGGAGAAACCUGCUCAGCUUGGACAAGAUGUCCACAUUUUGAGUUACAUCGUGGAGUACGCCAAAACAGUCAACGAGGAAGAUCUCCAAUGGAACCAAAUGGUGCUGAGAGGUGAAAAGGCGAUCAUUUCAGGGCUUCAGUCAGAGACAGAAUAUGUUGUCAGGGUCAGAUGUGAUUGUGGUGUAGCUGGCAGAAGCAAAGAAAGCAUCUCUGUUAAUGUCAGCAUAACAAAAUGUACCUUAAAAGAGUUAAAAGACAAGUACAAAAAAGCUACAAGAGAAAGGAUGACUGUCCAGGAAUUGAUUGAGAGGAAAGAGGAAGAGAUUGUUCACCUUCAAGACAUGAUCGUGUCCCUCAUGGAUCAGUCAGCUCACUCUAUAACUCGUCUGCAAGAGAUCGCCCUGAGGCCCAACCCUCUGACAACUCAAGAGUACAUCGACAUGCUGAUUGAAGGAGAAAGGUCAGAGGCCAAAGAGGGUUACCACGCUCGAAUUCAGUCUUUGGAGGCAAUGAAGGAGAAAGCAAACCUUAUCUCCAAAGUUGCUAAACGAGAUAAACUUACAAAAACAGAGGAGGAAAUGUCUGAAGAAAAACAGAAGAGGAAAGAAAAGACAGGUCGGGCCAAGAAAGUGACAAAUUUCUUUGGGUUUAUCAGAGCUCAAACGGGUUUCCCUUCGAGGAAAGUGAAACUCAGACAGUCGUUGUCUCUAAGAGGUGAAAUGGCACAGAAAGGAGUUCAACUGAACCGGGAAACCUUCUCUUGUUCCAUCUGUCUGGAUCUACUGAAGGAUCCGGUGACUAAUUCCUGUGGACACAGCUACUGUAUGAACUGUAUUAAAACACACUGGGAUGGAGAGGACGAGAAGGAGAUCUACAGCUGUCCUCAGUGCAGGAAGACCUUCACACCGAGGCCUGUCCUGGUGAAAAGCACCAUGUUAGCAGAUUUAGUGGAGGAGCUAAAGAAGAGCGGACUCCCUGCUGCUCCUGCUGAUCACUGCUAUGCUGGACCUGAUGAUGUGGCCUGUGAUGUCUGCAGCAGGAGAAAACGUAAAGCCACCAAGUCCUGUCUCAUCUGUCUGGUGUCUUACUGUGAUGAACACCUCCAGCCUCAUUAUCAAUCCUCUGCCUUUAAAAAACACAAGCUAAUGGAGCCCUCCAAGAAUCUCCAGGAGAACAUCUGCUCUCAGCAUGAUGAGGUGAUGAAGAUGUUCUGCCGGACUGAUCAGCAGUCUAUCUGUUAUCUCUGCUCUGUGGACCAACAUAAAGACCACCACACGGUGUCAGCUGCAGCAGAACGGACUGAGAGGCAGAAAGAGCUGGAGGUGAGUAAACUAAACAUCCAGCAGAGAAUCCAGGACAGACAGAAAGAUGUGAAGCUGCUUCAACAGGAGCUGGAAGCUAUCAAUCACUCUGCUGAUAAAACAGUUGAGGACACUGAGAAGAUGUUCACUGAGCUGAUUCGUCUGAUGGAGAAAAGAAGCUCUGAGGUGAAGCAGCAGGUCAGAUCCCAGCAGGAAACUGAAGUGAGACGAGUCAAAGAGCUUGAGGAGAAGCUGCAGCAGGAGAUCACUGAGCUGAAGAGGAAAGAGGCUGAACUGAAGAAACUCUCACACACAGAGGAUCAUAACCAGUUUCUACAAAACUUCCCCUCAGUGUCAGCACUCAGUGAAUCCACAGACUCACCUAGCAUCAAUAUCCGUCCUCUGCGUUACUUUGAGGUCCUGACAGCAGUUGUGUCAGAAGUCAGAGACAAACUACAGGACGUCCUGAGAGAGAAAUGGACAAACAUCUCACUGACUGUGACCGAUGUGGAUGUUUUUUCACCACAACCAGAGCCAGAGACCAGAGAUGAAUUCUUGAAAUAUUCAUGUGAACUCACAUUGGAUCCCAACACAGCACACACACAGCUGUUAUUAUCUGAAGGGAACAGAAAAGCAACAUGCAUAAGACAACAACAGUCUUAUCCUAGUCACCCAGACAGAUUCACUACAUGCUGUCAGGUCCUGAGUAAAGAGAGUCUGACUGGACGUUGUUACUGGGAGGUGGAGUGGAGCGGGGAAAAACUUUAUAUAGCAGUUGCAUACAAAGAUAUCAGCAGAACAGGGAAGUCGAAUGAAUGUUUUUUUGGAUGGAACGACAAAUCUUGGGCAUUAAGAUUUGAAACAAAGAAAUGUAGAUUUUGGCACAACGAUGUUGAAACUCCCGUUUCAGGUCCUCCGUGCUCCAGAUUAGGAGUGUACCUGGAUCACAGUGCAGGUAUUCUGUCCUUCUACAGCGUCUCUGAAACCAUGACCCUCCUCCACAGAGUCCAGACCACAUUCACUCAGCCUCUCUAUGCUGGAGUUCUGCUUCAUUUAUAUUCCUAUGGAUCCACUGCUGAGUUCUGCACACUAAAAUAGACAGAUGUUCUUUAAGGGACAGAGGGUUGAAUCCGAUUUUUUACCUCAGUGUUUAAGUCAGAGCUGGUUUCUUUAGCAUAUAAGUCCAAUAAAGUCACUCCAUUUGCCCUACGACUUUCCGGAAUGCGCUUCAUGGAGGAGCAGCAAAAGUUUGAUAGCUCUCUGUUUUUGCAUACAUUUGCUUGUUUGUAUGUAUUUUUUGCAAUAUUUUUGAUGGAUACUUCUGUGGAGAGAAGAGUUUAUUCAAGAGAGGAGCUUCUUUCAUUGAAGCGGAGCAAGUCUGGAGGAUACCAUCACCCUAUUCCAGCUGAGUUGAAAAGGUGUUUUCGUGGUUGCCGUGCUGGUGCAAAAGUUAAGGCUCGGAAAUGGAGAUAAAAGCCUUUUCUGCUGUCAGUCAUCAUGGGGAAUGUCAACUCUCUGCCCAACAAGACUGAUGAACUGGAGAUACUGGUGAAGACUCAGAAAGUAUACCGUGAGUGUAGUCUCUUGUGUUUUACUGAAACGUGGUUGAAUCAAAACAUCUCAGACUCCAAUGUGGAUCUACCUGGCUUCACUCUCAUAAGAUCAGA